AUGAAGAACAAUCAAUUCCACUUUUGGAUUUUCGAAUUGCGAGAAAUUUUUAGAGAGAGCAAGAAUUGUGCCUAUUUCUUAGAUUCCUGGACGCAAUUCAAUUCAGCGAUAUCUGUCAUUCACAUUUUUUUGCAUCAAGAGAGUUUGAUAAAAGUCUUAGACUCCAGAAUUUGGAGUAUCCUAGUUUCACGUCAGUCACAGGGUUUAACAAGAAAUCGAUAUUUCACGAUCAAGAAUGUAGUACUUUUUGUAGUAGCGAUCCUUCUAUAUCGUAUUAACAAUCGAAGGAUGAUCGAAAAAAAAAAUAUUUAUUUGACAGGGCUUCUUCCUAUACAAAUAAAUUCCAUUGGAUCCGGCAAUGAUAGAUUGGAAGACUCAAAAGAUUCGUUCAAUAUCAAUAGGUUGAUUGUUCCGCUCCUGUCUGGUCCAAAAGAAAAAAAGAUCUCUGAUCGCUCUUUUUUCUCGGACAGAUGGUCCCAACUUCAUCUGGAUUUGAAUCCUACUGAGAAGUCCGCUCAAGAUCUUCAAUUAUUAAAGAAAGAAGAAGAUGUUUCUUUUGUUCUUUGGAGGAAAUUGGAAAAGAAAGAACUAGCCAAUAUAGUCAAGAUAAUCAUGUAUUUACAAAAUAAUGUCUCAAUUCAUCCUAUUUCAUCCGAUGGAGGAUGUGAUAGGAUUGCAAAGGAGAAACUUUUGACAGUUCAAAAUAAUAAUUCAUUCUUGACCAAAAAUCUAGUUUUUGGUUUAUUUCAUCUAUUCCAUGACCAGAAUAGGGGGGGGUACUUGUUACAUCGCAAUUUUCAAUCAGAAGAGAGAUUUCAAGAAAUGGCAAAUCUAUUUAAUCUAUCACUAACUAAGCCGGAUCUGGUCUAUCGUAAUGGAUUCUCUUUUUCUAUUGGGUUUUCUGAACCGGAAUCAAAAAAAAAAUCUUUAUUGGUUCUGCCGCGGCUUUUUGACGAAGCGAAUGAAUCUUUUUAUCCAAAGAUCAUAAAAAAAUGGGUCCAGACCUCUUGUGGGAAUUAUUUUCAAGGUAAUCGAUUCAAUCGCAACUUCGAAUAUGUACUUCAAAGGUAUCAAAAUGAUAUUCUGAAUCAUAGACCUAUAAGGAAACACACGAUCAAUCAACGUUUCUCAAAUUUGAAAAAGAGUCAGAAGAAAUGCUUUGAUCGUCUUAUUUUUAUUUAUCGAACCGAGAGAUCCGUGAAUAAGGAUCCAAAUGCAUAUAAAUACAAAUGGUCCAAGGGGAGCACAAAUUUCCAGGAACAUUUGGACCAUUUCAUUUCUGAGCAGAAUAGUCGUUUUAAAGUAGUGUUCGAUCGAUUACAUAUGAAUGCAUAUUCGAUUGAUUGGGCUGAGGUUAUCGACAAAAAAGAUUUUUCUAAGUCACUUUGUUUCUUUUUGUCCAAGCUUCUUCCCUUUUUGUCUAACUCACUUCCUUUUUUCUUUGUGAGUUUCGGGAGUAUGCCCGUUCAUAGGUCCCAGAGCCAUAUGUAUGAAUUGAAACGUAUGAAUGAUGCACUCGAGAAUCAGUUGUUAGAAUCAAUAGGUCUGCAAACGGUUCAUUUGAAAAAAAGGAAAUCCCCAUUAUUGGAUGACUAUUAUACUUCUCAAAAAUCAAAAUUCUUGAUCAAUGAAGGAACAAUAUUACCAUUUUUGUUCAAUAAGAUACCAAACCAAGACAAUUGGCUGAAUCCUGUGAAAUGUUUUCAUAGAAGUUCAUUGAUUUCCUCUUUUUAUAAAGUAAAUCGACUUCGAUUCUUGAAUAAUCAAUAUAACUUCUCUUUCGAUUGUAACAAAAGAUUCUCUUUUUAUGGGGAAAGGUCCUAUAAUUAUGAUUUUAUGUAUGAACAAUUCCUCAAUGUCUUGUUCAUUCGAAAGAAAAGAUUUUCUUUGUGCGGCGGUAAAAAAACACAUGCUUUUUUGGACAGAGAUACUAUUUCACCAAGCGAGUUAGAGGUCUCUAAGAUAUUGAGACCGAAGAAUUUUCCGCAAAGUGGUGAUGACGGAUAUGACUUGUACAAAUCUUUCCAUUUUUCAACUCGUGUUCCUAGAUCUAUUUACUCGAUCGCGGACAUUUCUGGAACACCUCUAACAGAGGAAGAAAUAGUGAAUUUGGAAAGAACUUCUUGUCAACCUCUUUCCCCUAUUAAUUUAUCUGAUUCAAAAAGGAAGAACUUGCAUCAGUAUCUUGAUUUCGAUUCAAACAUGGGUUUGGGUUUGCUUGACACUCUAUAUUCUGAAAAAUUUAUACCAUCCGCAAAGAGGAAAAAACCUCUAAAAAAAUUCCUUGGAAAAGGGCAGAUGUAUAGAAACUUUCAAAGAAAAAGAAAAAGAAAGAGUAUUUCUUCAAUUCUCUCCAAAUUGAAGCGAUUACGCCCGUAUAUAAUACCGUUGUUCCUUACCUGGACAGGGCACAAAUAUAUCAAUUUCAUAUUUUUAGAUACUCUUUCAGACCUAUUUGCGAUACUAAGGAGGAGUCCUCAAUUUAAAAAAUUUGUAUCUAUUUGGCAGAAUAUUAUGCAUGGAUCCAAGGGAAGUCUUCGGAAAAAACUGUGGGGAAUUCUUCGGAAAAAACUGUGUCUUUCACAACGGAAUCGUAUAAGUGAGAUUUCGAGUAAGUCUUUCCAUAAUUUUCUUGUAGACAUGUACAAAGAUCUUUUUCACACAAAUAAUGAGUCACCAUUCAUAUCGACACAUCUGAGAUCACGAAAUAUUGAGGAGUUCCUGGUUUCAAUCCUUUUACUUCUUCUUGUUACUGGAUAUCUUGUUUAUACACAUCUUUUCUUUGUUUCUCGCUUCUCUAAUGAGUUACAGACAGAGUUCGAACAGGUCAAAUCUUUGAUGAUUCCAUCCUACAUCAUUGAAUUGCGAAAACUUCUGGAUAGGUAUCCUCUAUCAGAACAAAAUUCUUUCUGGUUAAAGGAUAUCUUUGGAGUUGCUCGAGAACAAUUAGGAAAUUUUUUAGAAGAAAGGCGAGGUUGGCCUUCUGGCGGGGACAUCCCAAGGGGUGGUGGUUUCGCUGAUGGGGUCAAAUCCAUACGUUCGAAGAAGAACGGUUUUAAUCUCAUGGAUCUCAUAAGUAUUAUACCAAAUCCCAUCAAUCGAAUCGCGUUUUUGAGAAAUACGAGACAUUUAAGUCAUACAAGUAAAGCAAUCUAUUCAUUGAUAAGGAAAAGAAAAAACAUGAAUAGUAAUUGGAUUGAUGAUAAAAUAGAAUCCUGGAUCUCGACUAGUGAUUUCAUUGCUGAUAAAGAAAGAGAAUUCUUGGUUCAGUUCUCUACCUUAACGACAGAAAAAAGGCUGGAUCAAAUUUUAUUGAGUCUGACUAAUAGUGAUCAGUUAUCAAAGAAUAACUCUGGUUAUCAAAUGAUUGAGCAACCAGGAACAAUUUACUUACGAUAUUUAAUUGACAUUCAUAAAAAGGAUCUGAUGAAUUAUGAGUUCAAUACAUCCUGCUUAGCAGAAAGACGGGUAUUCCUCGCUCAUUAUCAGACAAUCACUUAUUCAGAAAUCCCGUGUGGGGCUAGUUGUUUGGAUUUAUCAUCUCAUGGGAAACCCUUUUCGCUACGCUUAGCCCUAUCCCCUGCUAGGGGUAUUUUAGUGAUAGGUUCGAUAGGAACUGGACGAUCCUAUUUGCUCAAAUAUCUAGCGACAACCACCUAUGUUCCUUUCAUUACAGUAUUUGUAAACAAGUUCCUGGAGAACUUUCCUAAGGGUUUUGAUAGUGAUGAUAGUGAGGACGACAUGGAUGAUAGUGACGAUCUCGACCGUAAGCUUGAUAGCCAGUUGAAGUUUCUAAGUAUGGAGGAUCCGGUAUCUAGCGAUCUGAUGGAAAUAGACCGGUUUUAUCUCACGCUUCAAUUCGAAUUAGCAAAAGCAAUGUCUCCUUGCAUAAUUUGGAUUCCAAACAUUCAUGAUCUGGAUAGGAAUGAGUCGAAUGACUUAUCGCUGGGUAUAUUAGUGAACUCUCUUUCCAGCGAUUCGGAAAAAGGUUCUACUAGAAAUAUUCUAGUUAUUGCUUCUACUCAUAUUCCAAAAAAAGUAGACCCUGCUUUAAUAGCUCCGAAUAAAUUAAAUACAUGCAUUAAGAUACGAAGGCUUCUUAUUCCACAACAAAGAAAGCACUUUUUUACUCUUUCAUAUACUAGGGGAUUUCACUUGGAAAAGCAAAUAUUCGAUACUAAUGGAUUGGGGUCUAUAACUCUGGGUUCUAAUGUACGAGAUCUUGUAGCACUUACUAAUGAGGCGCUAUCGAUUAGUAUUAUACAAAAGAAAUCUAUUAUAGACACUAAUAUAAUUAGAUCUGCUCUUCAUAGACAAACUUGGGAUUUUAGAUCUCAGAUAAGAUCGAUUCAGGAUCAUGGGAUCCUUUUUUAUCAGAUAGGGAGGGCUGUUUCACAAAAUCUACUUCUAAGUAAUUGCUCUAUCGAUCCUAUAUCUAUCUAUAUGAAGAAGAAAUCAUGUGCAGAGGGGGAUUCUUAUUUGUACAAAUGGUACUUCCAACUUGGAACAAGCAUGAAGAAAUUAACCAUACUUCUUUAUCUUUUGAGUUGUUCUGCCGGAUCGGUCGCUCAAGAUCUUUGGUCUCUACCCGGACCUAAUGAAACAAAUGAUGGGAUCACUUCUUAUAGACUCCUUGAGAAUGAUUCUGAUCUAGUUCAUGGGCUAUUAGAAAUAGAAGGUGCUCUGCUGGAACCCUCACAGACAGGAAGUCGGUUUGAUAAUGAUGGCGUGACAUUGCUUCUUCGGUCCGAACCAAGAAAUCCCUUAAAUAUGAUUCAAAAUGGGUCUUCUUCUAUCGUUGAUCAGAGAUUUCUCUAUGAAAAAUAUGAAUCGGGGUUCGAAGAAGGGGAAGGAGUCUUCGACCCGCAACCGCUAGAGGAGGAUUUAUUCAAUCACAUACUUUGGGCUCCGAGACUGUGGCGCCCUUGGGGCUUUCUCUUUGACGAAGGGUCCAAUGAAUUGAGAUUUCCCUAUUGGGAAGGGUCAUUUCAGGACAAACCGAUCCUUGAUGAUUAUGAUGAAGAGGGUAAGCUUCAAGAGAAUGAUAAUGAUUCGCAGUUCUUGCAGGAUGGAAUCAUGCAGGACCAGACACGAGCGAGAUUUUCCAACGAACAGGGCUUUUUUCGAAUAAGCCAAUUCAUUUGGGACCCCGCAGAUCCACUGUUUUUGCUAUUCCAAGAGGAUCCUUUUGGAUCUGUAUUUUCACAUCAAGAAUUUUCUCCAGAUGAAGAGAUGUCAAGGAUACUUUUGACUUCCCAAACCCAAAAAAUUGAUUGGAAAUAUCUAAAUAAACCCUGGUUUAGGAAGAAUAUGCAAGAACAGAAUUUCAAAUUGUUGAUUGAUCGCCAGAGAUGGUUUAGAACCAAUAGUUCAGUAUCAAAUGAAUUUUUUCGUUCUAAUACUCUAUACGAGAGUUAUCAAUAUUUAUCAAAUCUGUUCCUAUCUAACGGAACCCUAUUGGCUCAACUCACAAAGACAUUGUUGAGAAAAAAAUGGCUUUUCCCAGACGAGAUGGUUGUGACUAUCUGUUCCAAUAACGAACGAUUGGUUUAA